AAGCCCUCAUCCCCCUUUUUAAUAUUCAGCUCUAAUGGUGGGUUAUCAGACAAUCCGAAGUCUGCAAAUAAAUGAGUGGGAAAAGAGAACAAAAUGGUCAUCGUGAUGACAACUUGGGGAUAGAGAGAAAAAUAUGGUACAAAAAAAGAAAGAGAACAGGGAAGAAGCAGAGAAAGAGCUCAUCCAUUACUGUUGACGGUUGAAGGCCAUGUUCUUGAGCAGCUGCUCAUCGAACAGACCUUCAUCUCCCAGUGUUUGUGAGAUACAGAGGGUGAAUAGAGCUCGGUGCUUCCCUGUGGAGCGGAACAUCAGCCUCAUCAAGUCAGACUGAGCAGGGAUGCAGCAGGGAUGGAGGGCGCCUUCAAAAUAAAAGAAUAUAAACAGAUUUUUCUACUAUGGAUCAUGAUAAUAAGAGCAAUAAAAUAAAAUAAAAUAAAAACAACGCAAUAACAGGAAUAACAACAUUAUCACAAUAUCAGUUAAAGUAGUAACAGUAGUAGUAUGUAAUGGUAGGUUUUUAUUAUUUUUAAACAUUACAUUUCAUCUAAUAGCUGUCUUCUUGCCCUAUAACUAUUGUUUUUUUUUCCCACAGUUGAAGACACCAGCCUUGACUGAUUUUAUAGCUAUUGUGUGCACUUUAAAUGGGAAUCUUGUAUUUAUAUGCUUUGGCUAAAACAGAGCAGAAAGAGUCUGUCACAAGGAUACCAGUGUUUUUCUCUUAUGCUGAAAUGUCCAUGGCAGAACCAAUCAGCAGGCUUCACCUGAGAUGUGUCACUGCAUUCAAUCACACACACCUGCAGCCAAUCACACACACUCAGGCAAGUCAGAGGAAGGAAGACAUGAAGGAAGUUGUGAACGCGCUGCCCCGUGUGUUUGGACAGUGGAGGAAACGUGCACCGGAGGAGGCAGUGAAUGAACCGAUCAGCGAGGCGGAUGACAAACAACGAGGCGGCUGUGCUCAGAAGGAGCUGAUGGAGAGAUGAACCAGAGGAGGAGGAGGAGGAGGAUGCUGAUGAUGAUGCUGAUGAUGCUGAUGAGGAGGAUUUGAGCAAACACGGGGAUCACAACCUUCUGUGGAUACAAUUUGACUCAUUCUUGGCUGAGUGUUUAAACAAACUCAGAGACGGCAGCAGCAGCAGCAGCAGCAGCAGCAGGCUUGGAGAUGAAACGCUGGUGUGAAUGAACAGUGAUGUGCGUGAUUUUCCUUUACAGCAAAGCAGCUGCUCUGUGAGAGGAGACACGCAUCAAGCUCGCAAACAAACCACUAUUGUUUUAGUCAAACUUUUCCAGGCGCAGCUCGGUUGGACUGCACUAUUUAUCUCUGUCUUUUUAUUUUUUAUUUAAACUCAGUGAUUUAACCGGAGGACCAUGACCAGGAUGCUGCUUUCGGAGGUGAUCGUGGAGCGGACUUUUCAGCCCAGUAGGUAAUAACUGGACAAGAGCAGCCUCUGUUGACAUAAAUGCAACCUUUGUUUGAUGCAACAAGCCACCGUAGCGACAUUGAACACCCGCAUCUUCAGUGUGUUUGGACAACACAGCUAAAGGCGUGACAACAUCUGAUCAUUUCGGUUCCACGCAGCUCUUUGUUGCAGGCGCAUGGAAAGAGUUUACUAACACAAACGAGCUCCGUGAAGGAACGACUCGUACCACACAGAUUUCACCUGUGGUUUCUGGCCAGUGUAGGGCUGAGAUUCAGAGGACCAGAUUUAGUCUGCAUCAUCUCUUUCAGUGAAACACCUUGUGUUAAUUCCCCUGGUCUCCAGCAGGGACAGGGCUUGGGCUCUGGUCUGGUCUGGUCUGGUCUUCUAACUAAGCUGCCAUCCAGCCGGACGACCCUCGGGGAUUUGGGUUGUGAAGGUGCAGCUGGAGAUUUUGGAGUUACUCAGACUUUCUUCAGCACGUGGGCAGAGGAGCAGGAGGAGACCAUGGGGUGCUGCACUGGCAGGUGCACCUUGGCCUUCAUCUGUGGCAUGCAGCUGGUCAGUAUAUUGGAGCGUCAGGUGCUUGAUUUCCUGGGAUAUCAGUGGGCUCCCAUUUUGACCAACUUCAUCCACGUCAUCGUCGUUAUCUUGGGCCUUUUUGGCACAAUUCAGUUCAGGCCUAGAUACGUCACAGGGUACGCAGCCUGGCUCGUGGCGUGGAUGACCUGGAAUGUUUUUAUCAUCUGUUUUUACCUGGAGGUUGGGGAUCUGUCUAAAGACACCGACCUCGUGCUGACUUUCAACCUGUCCAUGCAUCGCUCCUGGUGGAUGGAGAACGGCCCCGGGUGCAAGGUGACACCCAUCACCCCUCCCCCCUCCUGGGCACCUGAGGACCACAGAUAUAUAUCCAUAUCUGGCUGUCUGCUGGAUUUCCAGUACAUAGAGGUGGCUCACUCUUCACUGCAGAUACUCCUGGCUCUGUUGGGCUUCAUCUACGCCUGUUACGUGGUCAAACUCAUUUCUGAAGAGGAGGACAGCUUUGAUUUUAUAGGAGGCUUCGACUCGUACGGUUACCAGGGGCCCCAGAAGACGUCCCACCUUCAGCUACAGCCAAUGUACAUGUCCAAGUAAACCCAGGACAAACUACAGGAGUGCUGCCUUAUCCUACGCCACUACUUACAUUCUCUUUUUACUAACCCAGCCGGCGUUUCUUCCCAACAAACAAAAACGGGACGCCGUUGUUGGAUGAGACACACUGACGUCUAAAUAUUGCAUUGUCCCACCCAAACACACACCCUGAACAUGUCCUGAAGUCCCCCAUCGGUUUCUCUCUCUUUUUUUUUUUUUUAGUCAUGUCUGUUUCUGAGAAAACACUGGCCUCGUGUGGCUGGACGCGGCCACUACCAGGAUGUACAAGUCAUUUUCUCUUGUGCCGUUGGAAAAAAUCUGCAUUGUGAAAAAGCCAAACAAAGGGAGGAGCAAAUCAUCAAAGAUCCAGAGAGGCCUUUCGGGUUUCUGUUGUCAGGAAAUAACACGACGCCAGUGAUCUGCCGGAACCAGUUGCUUUCAGUGACGUUCUAGUGCAACAAAGAGCUCUCCUGUCUCAUAAUCCCUGCGUACACAGCAGAGCCUGCUGAAGUGUCCCUGGAGCUCUUUAUGCUCGGCGUGCCUCACAGAUUAAACACUGCACUUCAACUUAUCAAGUAUCUCUGAAAAAGACUACUGAUUAAAGUACUGUGUACCAGACUACAAAUAUCUCCCAUUCAUUGACACUGCAGAGACAGAGGCCUGAUGUGAACAUGGCUGGACUUUGAUACAUGUACAGUACAUGAUACACACACACACACACACACAUCCUUCUCAUUUCCUUCAGUAUCUGUGAAUGUUAAAGGACAGUGUGGUGUGUGUAUAUAUUUACAUGAUAUCGUCACCUUUGUUCACAUGUACAGGAAGCAGGCUCACACACACACACACACACACGAGUAAUGUGAAUCUUUAUAAUGUUUACAGAAUGGAAUUCUUCAACCUUGACUCGUGGCUCCAGCAGGUAGACCACAUCAGACAGGAACCAGUGAGAGACUGAAGAGAAACAUUUUUGAGCCACAAAUUCUCAAAUGUCAAACUGUGUUUUUUCCUCCACUGAGUCAGACUGGACAUUUUUCCAUUUUUAUUUGGUCCCUCGCUGCCCAAACAUUUCUUCGUACUGAAGGCAGUCAGGUAGAAAGGGAUGAAGACAAUAAUAAUAAGUAAGAAAAACUCCCAGGUACAGCGAGAGGUCAACACCUCAACACCACAUCCAGAUUCUGUUCCUGUUUGAUUUAUAUUUGAAUAGUGCUCACAUGGAGGUCACAUGAAAUACCCAUCAGUCGCCAGCUACAGCAUCCAGUUCUGUGGAACUUUUCCAUGGGCAGCGUCGGCACCAAGAGAAAAGACACACCUCUUACAGUAGUGACAAUCAGGGUGGACGUGGCUUUUCGUAUCAAAAAGACGUAACAGACAGUGAUGUCAUCACCCUGUGGAGACAGAGCGCCUCAGUUGGGCUCAAGACAAGGAAAGCAAAGGGACACACCGUGGACCAACGAGAAGGAAAAACUAUUCCAGGCUUGAGUCUCCUCCCCACCUGACAGCUCAUGUUUCCAUGAUGAAAGUGCCAACACACACACACCACAUAGACAUCUAUAAAGUGUGGUUCCCUGAACGCAGCACGCUGGGACCAAAAACAACAGGUCUCAGGUUGACUUCCACCUGGUGUCCAGUGUUGGACGACCAGUGAGAAUAUUCUCUACCGUUUGCAUUCCAGACAGAUUUCACUUUUUAAUUCUCCUCUUGAAUUUAACAUUCUCUUUCAAAUGUAGCUGAUUAUGUUGCACAAGUACAGAUUACCGUUACCAGUCGCCGGACCAAAUCCUCCGCUUGGACCACGUGGACUAUGAUUUUAAAAGGCAAGCAUUGAUUAAGGAAACCUGUCCCUCUGACUAAGUGAUCUGAGCGUUUGACUUCCACCUCACUCUGACACUUAUCCCCAGCUCUUGAUUUCUGUUAAAAGCCGCUGCUCCAUGGGUGGGCUUCCCUGACACUCACUCUGUGGAGCAGGGAAAAAAUAGGCAUUUUGUGUGUUUGCAUGAAGUGUUUCCAAACUGUUGUGUAUUUAAUCUCAUGCUGCGUGUGACUAACUAGCUACCUUCCACAGGAACAGUUUGGUUUGCUGAAUGCUCCUCCGCUCUCUUCCGAGAGUCCUAAAUGUGAACUUUGUGUUUUUUUUUCUAUAACAGUCAGAGAGUGUCUGCCAGGUGACGGCGCAAAAUAGCUGUAAAAACGAAGAAAUGUAACUUUGAACUUCUAGACGUUUUUUGAUAACAUGUGGCCGUGUUUACUGUUUUUUCUAGUCGACUACUAAUGUACGAUGUUGUGUAAAAGUGGGACUAUACUUCGUUUUACUUCUUCUAACCGUAAAGUCGUGUGAAACCAGAGAUUAGGACCAGGUGUGAAGUCAAAUAGUUGCACUAUAGUCCAUAUUUUCUUCAUUCAAACCUCAUGAUAGUUUGACAUUCAUUUUCAUUUUUCUAACAUACUGACGUCCAUAUUUAUGAUGAAUACUCAUAAAUACUCUAGAAUGUUGGUUUUUAAUAAACUAAAUCACAGAGAUUCCCACCUUCAGUAGUUGCCGUGUAUCCAAAUCCCAUUCCCAGAUUUAAUAAAUGCAUUAAAACUAAGAUGUGCAGUUUGGUCAUUUUCAUCAACUUUGUUUAAAUCAGAAAAGGGACAUUUCACACGGAUCUACUAAAAUAAAAAUAGUACAAUUGGAAGCUGCGACAUUUAGUUCUAACAAUAGUCUGAACAGAGGAAAGCCCUUUUUACACGUCGUAGUAAUGGUACCAGUUGAUGCAGUAUUAUUCCCAGAUCAGUUUCCUGUUACUGUUCUGAAAAGUUACUUCUGUUUCUUUGCCUCUGUUUAAACUUUUUGGAUUGUGUUGCAGUCAUCAGUUUCUAUUUGGUCAUGUUUCACAUCAACAAGAAUUUCAACACAGAUAUCCUGUAAAAAAUGUUCAGAUGAAUUUCCAGACUACACUUUUUUUUUUCAUUUCCAUUUUUUAAGAUGUGAAAAAAAGUGAAUGUUUUCAUUUAUUUAUUCAUUCAUGGAAUUUAUUUUAUUAUUAUGAUCACCUUGCACUGGGGGAUGAAAAUGUACCAAUACAAGGGCCUGUGUUUGUUUUGUGUGUGUGUGAAUUAGAGAGAUACUGGGAGAGAGAGAGAGAGCAGUACAUCAGAGUUUACGGCUCUGUGUCUGCUCCAACAGUACAAAGAUCAUUGUGGGUUUUGGGUGGAGGAAGAAUUCAAUAAGGAUAGUUAAUGAAAAGCAAUAACAACAGUUAUAGUAAUUAUAAAACAGACUCUACUUACUGAAUUAUUUAUUUUCUCAUUUAAAGUGUGCAGCAGUCAGGAGAGCUUAUGUCUUUAGGUGUAAAACUGCUCUUCUGCACAGGGAGGAGAACCUUCCAGAGCCCAGACGUUAUUUUACUCUUUAUCGUUGUCAACCUUCAUUAAAGCUAAUGUAAAGUUUCCAAUUAUAACGUUGAGUCUCACAGUGUUUAACUACUCACUUCUAAAGCUCUACACUAAUGGGACCAGUGUACACUUCUAUUAUUAAUAUGACGUGUAAUGAAUAUAUCAUUAAUUUGGGAGUAAAGUCACUCUUUUCGGUUCUAAGAAAAUGUUGAUCAUUGACGCCUGGAGAAAUGGUUUGGAUUUAAGACAAAAUAUUGUGAAAAAAAAGAAUUAUAAUAAUAAUGUGAUCAUGUGACAAACAGUGGUUGACAACAACUCAUAACAUGAUGUUAGUACCUUGAUUUCUUUGCUCAGCUCGGUUCUUCCUCCGUCCACACACGUCCAUUAUCACACCAGACGUUUGAUGCUUCUUUUCUUGAUUUUGUUUUUCAGGCGACUGACUGUACAUAAAUUAGACAGUUGGUAAUAAAGUAGACAGUGAAGAGAUUAAGUCGUCCAUUUGUUCUUUGUUUUUCCAAACAUUUUUUGUAUUCACAGUGUCAAAAUAUUGUCACGCUAAGUUGUUUACUUUGAGAUUAACUUUAAAUAAAAAGUGCUUUUACUAAUUC